GUUGAAGAUGACGUCAGCUUUUGACAGCUGCUGGUUGCCCUGAUUGGCGAGCUGGGCUGAAUGGCCACGGAGCGGCUGUACGGAGUCGCCGCUUAGAGCGGGCGCGGCGCCCCCCGAGGCUCGGAUGCGGAGGGGCUGACAAUGAGCCAGAGUGAUCCCGGGGGAGAGGGAGCCCGUAUCGCCCCUCUCUGCGCCUCCUUCAAUCAGGACUGCACAUCUCUGGCAGUUGGUACUAACUCUGGUUAUAAGCUUUUCUCAUUGACGUCGGUGGACAGGUUGGAGGAAAUCUACAAAUGCACAGACACGCCUGAUGUGUAUAUUGUGGAACGGCUGUUUUCCAGCAGCCUGGUGGUCAUUGUCAGCCUCUCCACACCACAGAGGAUGAAUGUUUAUCAUUUCAAGAAAGGGACUGAGAUCUGCAACUACAGCUAUUCAAAUACCAUCCUUACUGUCAGGCUGAACAGACAGAGGCUGGUGGUUUGUUUGGAGGAGUCCAUCCAUAUUCAUAACAUCAAGGAUUUGAAGUUACUGAAAACUAUUCAGGAUAUACCACCAAAUCGCACAGGACUUUGUGCACUUUCCAUCAAUCAUUCUAACUCCUACCUGGCAUAUCCUGGGAAUGCCACAAUAGGGGAGAUAGUGAUUUAUGAUGCAAAUAACUUGCACAGCAUUUCUGUAAUUCCUGCACAUGAUGGUCCACUUGCUGCACUGACCUUCAACUACACAGGUUCAAAACUGGCAAGUGCCUCGGAAAAGGGGACUGUUAUACGUGUCUUUUCCAUUCCUGAGGGAGAGAAACUCUACGAAUUCAGGAGAGGAAUGAAAAGGUAUGUAAAUAUUGGCUCACUGGCUUUCAGCGGCGACUCCCAGUUCCUGUCAGCAUCAAGUAAUACAGAAACUAUUCACAUCUUCAAACUUGAACAGCCCAGCCAGAGCAGGCCCCAAGAGGAAUCUCCUACUUGGAGUGGAUACAUGGGAAAGAUGUUUAUGGCAGCCACUAACUACCUCCCUACCCAGGUAUCAGGCAUAAUAAACCAGGACCGAGCAUUUGCCACAGUGCGUCUCAACUUCUCUGGGCAACGAAGCAUCUGUACGCUUACUGUGAUACAGAAAUUACCUCGACUUCUUGUUGCUGCCUCGGAUGGAUACCUCUACAUUUACAAUUUGGACCCUCAUGAUGGUGGAGAGUGUGUUCUGAUAAAGAAACACAGGCUGCAGUAUGAAGACGACAACAGUGACACUGCCAAAUCUGACUUGAUGCCUUCUAUCUCACCAACCUAUGCAGCAACUGUUGCCAAAACCAGCUUAGUACCUUCAUCAUCCACAACACCAGGAUAUUCUGAGGAUGGGGGGACUCUGCAUGGAGAGAUCAUUCCUGAACAUGAGUUUGCUGCUGGACCAUUGCACCUGGAUGAUGACACUGAAUUCCCUCCUAUUUAUUCAUGCCGAGGAAGCCACAGUGAAAAGAAGAAGAAGUUGUGAGACUGAAAGAAACAGGAUUAGGCUCGUGAGUGAAGAUAGUGAUUGUAGACACCACGAUUUGAAGAACAGAGGGUCUGAAAUCGGUACGCAUGAGAUGGAGUAAUUAUAAUUCACAAAAGGCAUUUUAAAACAAAUCCCCAGUAAUCAGCCUUGUUUGUCUGCCACCAACUGUAGUUGUCUUCACGGAACCAAAAUGAAUAUGUUGUAAGGAAAAAUACAUGACAAAACUAAUCAAAUUAACAAUGCCACAUUUAAUAGAAAUAUUAAUAAUUUUCUUAAUAUGAAUAUUUAAUCCUAUUACUUUGAAAGGUUUUAUUAUAUAUUAUUUACUCUUGAAAAUGUUGUCCAACAUGUAUUUUAUUAUUUUAUAUGUAUAUCUUAAACAUAUAUAAAUAUACCAGUUUAUCACCUCAAGCAACGUCCUCAUCUAAGCAGGCUGUCUGAAGUGCCUUUUCCAAAUAUUUUAAUGUCAGAGUGUUUUGAAUGAAAUUGCACAAAAUUGUAAUGUUCAUCAAAUAAUGUAGCAAUGGAAAUAAAAUGUUGC